UGUCAUCGAUGAACCAUCUCGAAGACGUGAUCGGGCAGCUGCAGUAGAAUGCUUCAAUGGGGACACAGACCCCCGCCACCCCUUGCACAAUCACCAACAUGCCAAGAAACGCCUGAAAAGUCAGAACAGCUUCAUGGAACUAGAGCCAACCAUACCAGGCACCAAAAUCAAACAACAGAUGGCACCUGGACAGCACCUGCCUUAUACUACCUGGAAAGCCCAAAACGCCUCCGCACUGGAGUGGAAUGUUGCGGACUCAACCUGAAGAAGUGGGGCCUCUCGAAUUGUGACAAGUGCAACUGUGGAGAGGUACAGACAAUGGCCCACCUACUGACUUGCAGUGGAGAGGCAUGCACUGCGGACGAUCUCCGCAGAGGCACAGAUGUGGCACUUGCUGUGGCAAAGCAAUGGCAGAACGUUGUCUGACACACGAGCGAGCAAGGGGAAUUAUAUUUGUUGGAGAUGAUACAGAUUGUGCAUUGCGGAAAGAUCUAAGAGGGUAAUUGGGAAUGGAGAAAAGAAGUUAGGGUUAUUUUUAUUCUCUGAGGUAAAUUUUAAGUUUUGACCCAUUUUUGGAUUAGGGCAGGAUGACAAAGCAUUUCCUCUUGUCCUUCUCAUAUGGGAAUGAUAUAUCUAAAUCAGCUGUCAACCAAAUGAGUUUAAAUCUGUAAAAGCAUUAAGUGGCAUACUAUAAGGAGGGGCUGACGAGCAGAAGAAGGGCAUCAAAGUCAGGGCUGAGGGACUGAUUAAACAAAUCAAGUUAUAAUGAACCAUUCAACUCCUACCAUCAGUUGAAAAGCAAUGAUUAACAUGAAAUUCUUCUUUGUCACUUAUUUGAAUGUGAAGAUAAUGCUAUUAAGUUUUUAGAAUAAGAUAUAGCUAGAGGAAGCUACAUGAGAAUUAGAAAGGAAUAGCUGUUUUUAAUAUUGCUGAACUUCUACUUUAGACUAGACUUGAUAAAGAUCAAUGAAGUCCUUGUGCUGACCAUGUCGUACCAUGUCAAUAAUUAAAUCCAGAAGUCUUCAGAUAGUAGACUAGCAUCACAUUAUUACUUGAAACAAUUUGGGUUAUUCAUGAUUUAAACAUUCUGAUUGAAUUAACAGAUUUUAACAAAAGAGAUAAGAUCAGGGAAAUAGAACAAAUUCUGGACAGUUAAAUUCUAACUAGGAGAUUAUGUUUGGGUGUUCAAUUGGCCUGGAAACAUAUCAGUUAUGUCGUAAUAAAGAAUACUAGAGCAGGCCUUUUGUAUGUUUACAUGCAAGAAAAACAAUGCUCAUAUUCAAAGAGUAAAACUUAAUUUUGAAUCGCUGUUGGUUAUGACAACAGUAUCUUUAUUUCUCCAGUCUCCAGGCUUUCUGUGCUAAACAUGUGACAAACAUUUGGUAAAAUUUUCAAAGAAAGCUGGUAUUGUUUUGUUCAUAUCUGCAAGCCAGCAAAACGACAAAUGCAUUAUUAAAUUGCAGUGUACAGAUUUAAUAUCUUCUGCACUAAAGAACGGUAAGACAUUUUACUGAAAAUUUAGGUCAAGGGGAAAAAAUGUUUUAACUUUUAAAAAAGCUAUGGUUAUGUAAACAAACUAUUCUGAUGAUGUAAUGCUGAACAGCCACUGUGUAAACUUCAAGACCUCGAAGUAUGGCUUUAAGGUUUCUCCAAAGAAUACUUAGAAAGAACUGUUUGUAAGGGUCUCGGAGUUAAUGUAACUUGAUUAUUGUUCUACACUUUCAUUUGCUUAUCAUAAAUGAUGCAGGAUACAUCUAAAGCAUAAAAUUUGAUCUUCACUGGAUGGAUUGUUAUCAACUAUCAAGUCCGCAAUAUAAUUGAUACUUUGACGAAACCGUUUCCAAUGGCAAAAGAGAACCAUAUCCGUCCCCAGGGACAAUGUCUGUGAAACUGCACUUUGCCUCUCCUGCUGAUUCAAGUGGGCUCAACCGCAGCCGUUCGUUCACUGGCUUUAGUUCCGUGCCAAGCAGACGAUCACAAGGUUCUUUUGUCAGUAGAAGUUCUCCAAUGUCAAGAGUCUCCUCAGUAAAAUCCACAACGAGGCUUGUAACCUCACAAAAAAACUCCAGCAGCUUGGAGCCACGGCCAAUUCGUGUGGAGAAAAUAUGCAAGUCAUUGCGGAAAGGCCUAAACAACUAUAUAGAAUCACGCCAGAAUGAGUUAGAUUUGCUGACCAUGCAACAGAAAGACAUGAAGAGAAACUCCAGAUUGGCUUUUUUAUAUGAUCUAGAUAAGCAAAUUAGAACUACCGAGAGAUACGUCAGGAAAUUGGAAUUUCACAUCAGCAGGAUAGAAGAAUUAUACGAGUCCUACUUCAUCCAAUGGCGUCUACGCAAUGGGGCAAACAACAUGAGAAGAGCUUACUCAAUAACACCUUCCACCAAAGGAUCACGGGAAACACUGCUGGAGAUUAAUAGGAACUACAGGUUAUGUACAGAGGAUAUGUGUGUGAUAGAGAAAACACUGGAGAUUCUUCUUGGGGAAUUUCACAUCAGAAUGAAAGGUUUGAUUGGUUUUGCGCGUUUAUGCCCAGGUGAUCAUUAUGAGGUAUUGAUUAGGUAUGGUCGACAGAGAUGGAAAUUAAAAGGAAAAAUUGAUGCUGAUGACAGACAAACAUGGGAUGAAGAGGAGAUGGUCUUCCUUCCUCACCUUAAUGAAGAUAUUGAAAUAAAGGUAGCUGAAAUGAAAGGGCUGAUGACUGUUUUGGUUGGAACAGUGACUUGUGAAAGUGCAGAUUUCUUCACAGCACAGCCUCAAAUAAUGAUCGUGGAUAUUACUGACCUGGGUACCAUUAAACUCCAGCUGGAAGUCACAUGGAAUCCAUUUGAUGCUGAUGAAACAUCAGUAACCUCUGGCUCAGUUUCCAAAUUCUCUUGGCCAAGUAGAAAAGGCUCUGUGUAUAACUGGACACCACCCAGCACCCCCAGCUUCAAGGACAAGUACUUCUCUCAGCACAUUAGACAAGAGGACAAACUGCCUUCAUUAUAUCAGGAAACAAAAGGAACUUUCAUUUUUAAUCACUCAGGAAAUUGUUUCCACAAUACACAUUUGUCAUCUGUGCCUGAAAAUGAAAAAUUUUAUAAUUAUGCAAACUUAGAUAAACAAGGAGGCAAUGACAACGGAUAUGGUGUAAUAGAUUUCCAAGAAGUAUCUCAAUCUCUCCAGGACAGCCUCUCUACAGAAAGAACUGUGCAACCACCACACGUAGAACCAAAAACUCCAGAUCAAGAAGAAUUUCAAAAGGAUUCACCACGAGCAAGACAAUUACAGAGUUGUUCAGCAUUGGCAGAAUCUGUUUUGCACAAGGGACCACAGCUGAGGCUUAGGAGACCCACUGGGAAACCUGCUGGACAGGAGUCAACUGGCCAAGCCUGGAGCACAGAUAUUACAGAUCCAUUGAAUUCACAAACAUCUUCGACAAUAUCCUGUACACACAGAAGUAGUGCUUCAAUCUGUUCUGAAAAUCUCAAGGCAAAUUUCACUUCAGUAGAUAUAGGAAACAUCCUUCAAGAAAUAUUGAUUAUCCUGAGGACAGACCAAAGAAACUAUAAAGAAAUACAAAAUCUAGAGCAGCAGAUUCUGCACUUAGGAGAUAUCCUUAAGAAAGAAGUUACAGUCAGCAGAAGUACAUCGACUGUCAGUCUGAGUGUUGAAACAGUGCUGGAAAGCUUCAACUUUCUAAAUGCUGACUCCAUUGAUAAUCUUUCAUACACUGGGAGUGUGAGGAUGAAGCCUGAAAGAAAUGGCACUUACAAUAAAAGUAACAGUUUUCAGUAUGGUGUCCUUACCAGGAGUGGAGAUUUGGGAAUGAAAACUGCGGGAAAUUUUGCCCUGACAUCAAAGAAUCAGUGUCUUGAUAAAAUCCUAUUAACACACCUACAGGUGUGCAAGAAGCUUCUGCAGAGAUUUCCAUCAGUUGAUUCUGUACUGGUCCUUCAGAACUGUAUACUGGAGGAGCUUUCACAGCAGAUCCUGGUGUUGGACACUCUGGCUCCUUUCUGUUAUGAGAAGUCAGCAAAUAUUAAAUCAGUGGAAGAAGUUAUUCCAAAAUCAAGGAAGAGAAAAUCAGUCCUGUCAUUUUGGCAUAAGUGCACAGAGGGAGAGUGUAUUUUACAUUUAUCAGCUGAACAGUUCCUCAUACAGCUAAGAAAUUGUUAUGUGCAGAAAGUGGCUGCAAAAUACCCAGGACAGACAGAGAGAGUAUUCAGAACACUUCUGCACCAGAUUAUCAGCUGUUGUGAAUUACUGCCUUGUCCCAAUGUCUCAGAGGAAUCGGUGACAGUUUUCCAGUUUUUCAACUACAUUCAGAAGUACAAUAUUACUCAGCUCGGAACCCAUUUGACCAGUCUAGCGAAGGAAGUGUUUCUACCUGAAGCAUUGCAUUCUACAUACAAGGUGAAGGCACUGAAAAAGUUAAAAGAAAAGCUUGUGUCGGAACUGCAACCACUGCGUCAAACGUUACAGUCCAUCAGUGUGCUUCAGUUGGAUGAGAAUCCCAAAGUUGCUCAGACUGCAAUCUCCUUUCUCAGGAGUGCUUCAGCAAACAACGUAUUUAGAACAAAGGCUUUGGCCUACUACACAGAAAGUUUGCAAGAAAAAGACGUGCAACACCAAAGAGCUGCCUGCGUGGCACUUAAACAGCUGAAGGCGGUGGAAAGCAUUGAGCAGAUCGCCAGCUUGUGUCAUUCUCAAGUGGCACACGUGCACAAUGUGGCAAGAGAAACCCUCAUCUCAUUUGGUGAAAAAGGUUGUUUAGCCUAUGAUGCAGUUGACAGACUUUGGAAGGAAGGCAUGAAGCAAAAUUCCACUACUCAAAUUACUAUUCUCUGAAUAUUGAAUUUUAAAAACCAUGUCAAUAUAUUUGUGCUGUAAUUGUGUUUAUACAGUAAUAAUAUUGUAUAAAGAUUUUAUCAACUGGUUAUUCAAAGGUCCAAGAUAUUGAUGUUCAAGCCAAUGGCUACAUUUGGAUCAUACGAAAAAGCUGGACUUCCUUGUCUAUUGAUCAAACUUGCAAAUAUGCUGUAGACUGCAUAUCUUUAACAUUCUUAAAUAAAUGUUCAGAUUAUUUGGAAUAAACUAUGUUCAAUGUGUGAUUAAAGUUGCAUGAAGUAAACCAUGAUAGAUUACAUUGCCAAACUAUCUUGCUGGUUUCAAAUUAAUUUAUUGUCAAAAUAUUUUUGCAAUUCAAUGCACAAAAUUCAGUGACAAAAACAAGGCUUGGACAUGUCAUCGUGCUAACACAUUGACACUUUUACUAUGUUCACUUAGUGGAUGUUCACACAGAUAGUAAAGAGACUGCAGGGGAGGGUGGGGGAGUGAGAUUACAUGGACUGUACUUGCAUAAAGCCAGUUUGGGCUCAAUGGACUGGAAGGCUUCCUUCAGUAUUGUAACCUAGAUUCUGUUUAAUUUUCAAUUUGGAGAAUAGUUCAGAACAUUAAAAUGAAGUUUGUAGAUUUAAAGUUGAUGAAUGCUCUUGGGCUUCAUCUGGAAAUUAGACGUAUCCAAUUAAUUCCUUUCAUAGGUGCAGUAUGAGAAAAUGAAGAGGUGCAGAGAAUUUUGGAACGUUCCCAGUUCUGUGAAAGGGUCCAUUUCCAUGGAUAAGAACAUUGGUUAACCAUGGUUAGGACCAUGUUCCCACAGGUACCAAGGUCCUAACAACAAAACAAUUUAUGUUGGUCCUAUGAAGGCAAAUUAAGUUGUAAAUAUUGUUAUUCUUUAAAUGUGCACCCUUUACUAUUCUCGUUGUCUUAUUUUCACCUUUUUUGAUGGAAUCUGCAACCCCAUAUCUUAAUAGUUCACUCCAUUAAAUUUCUCCACCACGCUUUGUCCUGUACCUUCCCUCUUUCAGCUUACUCCCUCCCCUCUCAAACAUAAUUAUCUGAAGGGUCCUGACUCGAAACGUCACCUCUCCAUGUUCUGCUGAGAUGCUGCCUGAGCCGUUGAUUUAUUCUAGCAGUCAUUUUUGUAAACCAGUAUCUGGAGUUACUUGCGUCGCUGAGAAAAUUGCUUAUUCCCUCCUUCCAACCACAAAUGCACUCAUCAUAUUUUUCAUGCACAUUUAUCUACAAAAGAGGGCUAACACCGUUUUCUCCAAACCUGUCUGAAGAAGGGACCCUGUCCAAAACACCACCCAUCCCCUUUUCUCCAGGGAUGCUGCUUGACCCACUGAGUUACUCCAGCACUUUGUGUCUACCUUCUGAAAAUAUUUAGUCAUAUUUUUUUUAAUAUCAGGAAGAUACGUCCUUCACUGCAAAGAUUUCAAGCAGCAGUUAGACCUGUUCCCAAUUAUCAAAAUUGAAUCUAGUAGAAAUCUUUGUAUCUGGGGUUAGGUUGCUGAAACCUUGCCAUUUGCUUAAUCUCUAUUUACAGAAUAAUGAGUUCUACAAGCUCAUUAAGCUAUUUCGACCCACCCAAUCAUUGCCCUUAUCCUACACAUUAUUCCCCCCGCCCCCCCCAACCUCUCUCUUACUGCAAUCUAAUGUGCAGUUCACCCGUUCCCAGUUCUGACAAAUGGUUGCAGGCCCAAAACAUUAACCAUCCUUCUUGCACAGAUGCUGCCUGACUUGCUGUGUUUUACCGGCCUUUUCUGUGUUAAUCACAUUUCCAGUCUUCAGAUUUUUAAUUUCUAAUAGAACACAGUUUUUCAUAGUUUAUUUCUGCUGGUAGUAAACUGGGUGCAGUGAUGAUUAAGACAUGCUAACUGAUAGAAAAACAAAAAUUACAAAGUCUUAUUUCAAUAAAUUUGCUGAAUUAUUUACUAAAAAGUCUUCCAUCAUUUUUGAAGUAAAAUUGUCUGACAGUCAAAAAUAGUCAGAAAACACAAGCUUUAGUUCAAUGAUUUUAAAACGGUAGGUUUUAAAGUUUGUAACUGAAUAUAUAUGACACAUCAAGAGAAAACAAGCAAGUUACUUUCAAAUUGGUUUUAUUUUGAAAUGAAGAUUUGUGGUGCACUUUAAAGCCAGCUUGUAAAAUCGAAAAUGGUUCUGCAAAGUCUGUAAAUGCUGGAGAAGCCCCAGACCCUGCUUCUUACAUAAAUGGUUUAACAAUACAAAACCGUAGAAAAUAAUAUGCAUAAACAGCUAAUGCUGCCUAGAAAAUAGCAACAACAGUUAUUCUUAAUCUACAAGAUACUAUACAAGAAUAAAGUAAAAUACACAAAGCUGUUUACCAUCUGUAACAAAAAGCUAAAAAAUGUGAAACAGUCAAGUGGGAACAUGUUAAAAGAUCACACCAGCUCAAGUAAAAACAAAAUCCGUAUCUUUUUUUUAUUUUAUUUUAGGUACAGUGCAACAUUUAACUCCUAAGUUGCUUUACCAGUAAUUUAAUUAAUAAAUGACUGUAAAAAUGGUCCACAGUUUGCAUUUCAUAAUCCUGGGAGUACACUGAUAAGGAUUGUAUGCUGUUUGACAGUGCACUUAGGAGGAAACAUUCAAUGAUCAAACUUUGUUUUACUGAAUUGUUUGAAGUUAUGCUGUUGAUAAACACUUAGU